AAUCUCAAGAACAAAUCCUAACCGCGUUUGUGAUUUAGAAUUUUAAGCGGUUUUACCCGUAAAAAAAUCUAUUACUAGAUUUUUGGUUUGCUUAGAUAUAGGAAAAAAGGCACAUACUUAUUGUAAUAUAUUAAAUAUAAUGCAAUAUUUACUUUGGUUAACUACUACAUUUUAUGUUACAUAUUAAAGUUAGUGCGAUUUUGUGUGGGUAAGAUGGUGAUUGAAAAAGUGCACGGUCUACAAGCCACUAGGAUAAGUCUCAACGAUCGGUUUACAAUAUUAGCAUCUGCAGCGACCGUAGCUCAUGUUAUGAAGCCUCGUAGGCGUCCUUCUGGAUUGUUCUCUUUUAAUCAUAAUGUUAAUAACAGAGUUCUUAUGGACCAAAUAGCGUACCGAUUAGGCCAGCAAUCAAGAAAGCAAGCAGUGAAACAACGUCUUGGCAUGCCAGGGCUUAGACGCUUUGGCAGUGAAAGCAGUCUUAUAGGCCUUCAGCGCUCCAAUAGUUUUAAUAACCUAAAUCAAAACAGCAUUAAGAAUAGAGUAGCAUGGAGACAGUCAAACAUGAAUCUCAAUCGGUCAGCAUCAUUUAGUAACUUAUCACAGGGAGUUUGGCGCGGUCGUGGGUUCCGCCGUCGCGGAGGUAGGAUGGGUGUCAUGAGAGGAAGGAUGAGAGGAAGAGGUGGGCGCGCGGGACGGGCGGGGCGGCCGGUGAUGUCGCGGUCACGGACGGUGACGCCAAAUAGGGGACGAGGCAGAGGUGGUGUAACUAGGCAGCAAAAAACUGUUCCAACUAAGGAAGAGCUAGACUUGCAACUUGACCAAUACAUGGCAAGCACAAAGUCUGCUCUCGACAAGGAACUAGACACAUACAUGAAGAAUGCAAUGGACCUUGAGUAACAGAGAUAUGUGUGUGAUAUGUGGACAUGCAGAUUAUUCUCACAAUUGUGGAAUAUAGUGUUAAAACAAUUUUAUGUUAUUUUCUAUUUUGUUACAAAAGUUUGUCCAACUUAAAGACAUUAAUGAUAAAUUUUUGAUGUUGAUUCAAUUUAUUGUUGUGUUAAAUUGAUUAAAGUAGGAAUAUGUAAAACCAGGUACAGAUACAUGAUUGAAUGUUACUUUGUUAGUAAUCGUUUUUUUUUUUCUUUAAUUUUAAGGUCAUGAUCCAGUGAAUUGGUUUUUGCUAUAAAUAUAUUAUCUGUAUGCUAAGCAGAUGAGUGAACAUAUUUAAAAGAUUAAACGAACGAAGGCAGAAUAACAAGUUUGUUUGUUUUAUAUAACAUAAUCAUCUUCUGUACUAUUUGUGUAUUAGAUUCAUUCUGUUACAAAGUCUUGUAUAUCAGGUAUAUAUAACUAGUUGUUUUUAAUAAAAGGGCUUCUAAUCCGUCCAUAGACAUUGGCAUCUUAAGAAGUAUUAACCAUUCUUGUCAUUUUUACGCAAUGCCAACCAUUGGAUCAUUCUUGUGCCAGUAAUUAUACUUACUCGUCAUUGAAAAUAAAAUACAACAUUAAAAAAUUUGAAUUUUAACAAUAGCAGUCUGUUUUUAAGAAUAGGGACAGUCCUCUUGGUCAAGGAAGAAAUAAAGGCUGUGAAUUUUUUGUGUAAGGUCAUUGUUUCAUAUUUAUAAAUGAAGGUCUCAUGUUGCAUUGGAUAAAUCUUUUAAAAGCCCCAGAGUUGAAGUUUUUGAUGUUAUUUGAUGCUUCCACCUCAGUCGCUUUUACGAUUCACUUUCAUUUUCCCUUUUCAUUUCCACAUAUGAGAAAGAGAUAGUUAUAUGUUCAGUGAUGUAGCAAAAACAGUUUUCACGGGUAGUGCACAUUCUUGACCAAAGUGAUAUAUUAAGCAUAACUCAUCCAGUCCAUUAUUAUACAUUUAAUGAUACGUAAACAAACAAAAUAAUGUUAAAAAAUGAUAUUACGAUCAUUGAAAUUUACUAAUAUGGACUUGCUAUUAUAGUAUUGUUCAAGGUCAUACCUACAGGCUUUUUGCUUAGAUAUUAUUCUAACUAGCUAAAUAUUUUACUAUAACGAUAAAAGAAUGAUCACUAGUCAGAUCAGAUAAUUAUGGGAAAUAGUAAAUGUUGAUGAUCGAAACAUCUCUUGUAAUAACUUUUUUAAGAUUAAAAUGAACCCAAUAAAUAAAAUUAAAUCCGUUACAAAGAGCAGGUAAAAUAUUCGAAGUUCCUUUUUUAAUUCGUUCGAAAAUACAUUAGUUACAGUAUCAUAUCGAUAUUAUUGGUUUGUUAUAGUGUUGUCAUAAUGUCGAUAUUUGAAAAAUACAAGAAGAAUAUAUAAAUCAAUGUCUACGAGGACGUAAUUAUUAAUUAACAUUUGAAUAACUCUUUUUUUUUUUCUUUAAUGUUUGUAACUAUUUUGGUUUCUCUUUGAGUACUAAACUGUCAGGUUCUUUGGAUACGACAACGCAUGCGAUAAUAACAGAUUGGUCAAUUAAUGUUGUUCAGAGAGUUAUUAGUUACACCUGUGUUAUCUUCUUUCAAAUGUCGAACUAAGAUGAUAGAAAGAGGAAGUAAUUUUUUUUUAUAAUUUUGGCCGCUUUUCAAACAUUUAAACUAAAUUGCUUUUCUAUUUUUUUUAUCUAUUGCUGUUUAAGUGUGAAUAUAAUUAAAGCAACAAGUUUGAUUUUCCAUUUUAAAGAUUUUAACAGAUUUUAAAAUUAAAUGAACAUUUGACUGAGACUUCGGAAUUCGGACUUCGACAUAUAAUUAAGAUGUCUUAAAAAUAUAAUUCAGCAAAAAUAAAUAUGCUCAGUUGUUUUUAUUUUACUUAUUACAGAGUGUAAGAAAUACUAACGUUGAGUCAAUUCCUAUAUCAUUUAUUGCAAAAUAUUGCAUUGUUUUGCUUGCAUUUACUUACCUCUAUUAAAUAAAAUAUAAAAAAAAGAUUUUUUUUUUAAUUAGUGAUAAUAUAAGACACUCCGUUACAAAUGUGAAACCGGUGAUAAAUUUGUAAAUAGUAACUAUGCAUGUGUGAUUUUGAGUGUACUAAUAUCCCUGUAGUCUAUUCCAAUUACUGGAGGACGCGCGUUCCAUCUGCAUUUUGUUUGAGAUUUUAAGCUCCAAGAUAUAUAUAUAU